AUGAAAUCCUAUGGGUCUCAUAAUCAGACGGCAAUCCGAUUUCUAUUGCCUACUGCGCUAUCCCUCGGAAAGAACGAAACUGGAAACCAGAGCGUCUCUGCUCAGACUGUGGGAAACCUUCUUCUGCUGAACUCCAGCAGACUAUUGCAUGUAAAUGAAUCCAACAGGACGACCAACGUCAGCUUGAACUUGAGGUCACCUGUGGGCCCAACUGCAGAGGUGACACAGACGAUCGUCAAGUCGCUGAACAAGCCCAGCCUUCCUUUCAGCAACUCCUGGUUAAGCUCGGGGUCUGCCAGGAAGACCAUGGGAAGGCAGCAGGGGCGGAAGCGGAGGAGAAGGUGCCGGCACGUGCUGGUUAACUCGCAGGGGGGAGUGGGGUCCAGCGCUUUCAUGGACUUGCUGAAGAGUUCGCACGUCGCUAUCAACUCGCCCGAGGACGCCGACGGUUUCAAGCACAAGUCCUCUGAUCAGUUUCGUCACACGCAGGACGAGAUCGGACUGAGAGGGCUCGAUUGCGCUUCCAAGGCCAUGAUCAUCGUCGGGGACCCGCUGCACUCGAUCGAGAGCGUGCACCGGCGAUACAGUGUCGACCAUCUCAACAAGUGGAGGGACAUCGCACAUCGCAGCCCCUACCCUGAGGGCACGAGGCUCUCCGACGUCUGGGCUGAGAUCGCGCGUGCGCGGCAGGACACGACGGGGGUGUCGAACUACAUCACUAGCUGGAUGAGAGCUACACGAGAGCGGAACUGGCCAGAGCUGCGUCUGGUGACCACGAGAUCGCUGUACGAGCAUGCUGUUGACCAUGCAAAGUACCUUGGGGUGGGGGAUCACAUGCUGAAGCCCUUCCGGGCACUGGCCUACAGGCCCCAACCCUUCAAGACCUCCGCCCCGCCAUUGGUGCAGGAGAUCUUCAAGCCCAUCAGGUUGCAGAUCAACAAGCUUGAGGCUGAAACCUCGUCUAGUCCUUGA